AUGGAGGCGGAGGGGGAGGCGCGGAGGCAGAAAGUGGAGGCCGGAAGGGCCAAGCUUGCUUACUACAGACAGCGAAAAACAAAAACCAACGUCACGCAGCCGCAGAAAAAGACGUCGAAGAGGAAGGGCUCGUCUGUCCACACGCAUGACGUUCAGAAGGAAGAGUACCCACUAGCAGCCCAAGAUGUUGGUAAGGGUAUAGAGGGCAGGGCUGAAGACGCCAGCCUGCUGGAGGGCAGGACAACAACAGAGGGGAGUGCUGACUUGUCCAAUGGGCACGUACUGAAGGAUCUUGUGGCUGAAAAAGUUGCAAUAAAUUCUGCUGCAAAAUAUACUGAGCUUGAUGCUAAGAUGUGUCAGGACAGAAUUGCUGAGUUGGAGAACAGACUUCUGGAGAAGCAGGAAGCAGUGGAAAGACUCACUUCACAAAUGCAUGAGCUACAAGAAGAGCUUACCCAACACAGAGACUCUAUGCAGCUUCAGGAAACUACUGUUCAAGAGCAGAAUGAAGUCAUCGAGAAACUAACAAACUGCCUUCAAAAGGUAAAGAAGGAUCGGGAUGGCCUAGAGGAGGAGGCUUCAUGUGUAGCUGGUCAGAUCCAUGAUUUACAACUUCAGUUGCAUCAGAUUAAUGAGAUGCUGAGAAGUAAAACCCCUGCAAAAAAUGAAGUGUUAGAAGCCCAGCAGCAGAUGUCUGUGUUUCAGAACCGUCUCAGAGAGCAAAAUGCACAAUUGGAGAUGCUGCGUCAGAAAGUACAUGACCUGGAAGUACAACUUGAGUCUUCUCAAAAGAAUGCCAAAGAUAAAGAAAAUGUGCUUGCCCAAAUGGAAGAGGAUAUGAAAGAUACAAUUCAACAGUUACAUGAAAGCAUAGGAGAAAAAGAAAAACAGAUUAAAAGUCUUCAAGAUCUGCUGACAUCAGAAAGAUUUAGCUUGUCUAUACUACAACAUACUCUUUCCCUCCGGGACUCAGAAAUAACAGAAUUAAAACAUGAAGUAGCUCUGUCCAAAAUGAAUGAACAGCAACAUAUUGAAGAACUGAAAGCCGGUCAUGAAAAGGAUAUUUGCAGACAAUUGGAGAACUUGAGGGCUGAGCUGGAGAAGUGCUACCAAAGAGAGAUUGCAGAAGCUAAGCAGGUAUAUGAACAAGACAUUCUUUUAAAAUAUAAGAAUGAACUUGAACAGUUAAAAAAAGAACUCUGCUCUCUGAAUUCUGAAGAGCACGUUCAGAAUUUGAAUGGCAUAAUAAUUGACUUAAAUAAUAGUCUUCAUGAGUCUGAAAUAAAAAAAGACAGUUUGAGAAGGAAACUUGAAAACCAACAGGAAGACUUCCAGAGAGAAAAAUCUGAAAUUGAGACUAAAUACAAGGAUUUUAUUAAUAGCCUUAAGUCUCAACUUUCCAAUGCAGAAGAGCAGAUCAAAGAAGUCCAGCGGUAUAAACAAGAAAAACAGUCCUUGAAUGAAGAGAUUAAGAGACUGAAUUCUUUCAUCCAAGAAUUAAAUGAAAAACUACUUUAUGAAUCUCAAAAAAGUAUAGAUGUAAUGCUAAAGCCUGAUGAAGAGACUGUCUUCAAUCAGAAGCUAAUGAAAUUGAAGGAAAAACAGGUGUUACCAGAGAUGUCACAGCUGCAGAGAGCAGAGCUUGAGGAAAUGUGGAAUAAACCACACCAGUUGAAAGGUGAAGGUGAGCUGGUUCAUGAAGAACUGCGAUUCCAGUGUGACUUGGGAGUGAACUCCUCAAGAGAUCAGUUAGAAGAAAUUAAGAGUUCAAAGAUUCCAGAGAAUAAUGAAAGUAGUGAAGGAAACGAGUUGGAUGAAGAACACAUGUCAGAACCAGGGCUUUUUAGUGUUAAUGAAGGCAUACUGGCUAAAUAUCUCAUCUCCACAGAGGGACCAGAAGAUUCAUAUGCAUCCAGCACUUCUGAUAGUGAUGCCAUUGAAGAAGGUAGAUGCAGUGGGUAUGGGUUAGAUAGCAGUGUGCUUCUAGAACCUAGCACAGGUUUUAUGCUUUCUUCAGUGAACUUUGGCCUUGAUGAGGAAACAUGUCCUAGUGGUUUGGCUCCAGAGACUUUUGAAGAGGCUGAGAUAGGAGCAGAGGACUUGAUUUCAUUUUUGUCAGAUAAGUCCCUGCAGCAAAACAAAGUAAGUGACUGUGAUGACGUAAAGGAUGAUGAGAUAACUUGUUUAGUAGAGAGGUGUGUGAAACUAACCGAGCAGCUCCAUGAGAAAGAAUCAGCUUUGAAGAAAUCUUAUCAGGAGACUCAAGAAGCAGUUGGAAAAUGGGAAAAAGUAAUGGCUGAGCUCUGUUGUAUGCGUGUGGAGCUGGAUGAGGAACGUGAAGCACGGCUCUGCUGUGAAAAAGAACUUCUUCAAAAAACAGAGAAGGAGAAGGAACUUGAAAACCGAAUAAUACUUCUAGAAAAGCAGCAGAGUGGAGGCCAACCUUACUGUGCUGUAGAGUCCUUAACACAAGUGUCAAAAUCCUCUGCCUGGGAAGAAAUGGUAAAAGACCUCCAGGAGGAAAGAGAAAUGUUGAUGGUGCAGCUGCGAACUCAGGAGCAAUUAGUGAAAGACGUUCAAGAGCAGAAAACAGUUUCUGAUUCUGUGACAAGUGAAGUACAGUCUCUCUUUGGACGCCAGUUAGCUGCUUUGCAAAGCCAAAGGGAUCAACUGCAAAGCCAGCUUGAUGCUCAGAAGGCUAAAAACAAGAUGAUAGCGGAGCUGCUUGGUCAGAAAACCAUAUCUGAAGAGACAUGGCUAAAAGAACUGGAGUUGCUCAAAGCUGAAAUCAAUAAUAAAGAACAAAAUUUAUCAUUCUUACUGAAGGAAAAAACAGCCUUAGGAGAAAGAUUAUCUCAUGUGGAGGAAGAUCUAAUAAAAGCAGAAAGAGCUCUAGCAGAGAAUGCUAGCAUUGUUGGUGAUCUUGAGAAAAACAUAUAUGACCUUAAUACUGAAGUGGAAAACCUCAAACAAAUACGGGAGCGUGAAAGUCUGGAAUAUGAGGACAUGUUAAACUGCAGCAAGUUAGAAAUUCUUAAACUUAAUGCUGAAAUAAAGGCAAAAAAUACUGAAUACAGCCAGCUGACUGAAGAAAUUGCCCACUUGAAGAAGUCUCACUUAGACCUUGAGACUCGCUUGCAGGAGUCUGCACAAGCCGCUGAGGAGGCACAAUCCAAGAUGGUGAAACAUUACAAAGAGGAAAUCGAUAAAAUGGAGACUCAACACCUUGCUGAAUUAAAUAAAGUGAGUUUGACACAAAAGAAAGAGAUAGCAGAAUUAAAUGCUGAAAUAAAAGAUAAAGUGGAAAAACAGCAGAAGUUUGAAGAGGAAAGAAAGGAACAGAUGGCUUUAAUAAAAAAGGUACAUGAACGAGAGCAUGACCGUGAAAUCUCUGAACUGGUUACUAAACAUGAAGAGGAAAUGGAGAAGCUCCGUGCUGAACUAAAUAAAGAACAGCAGCACUUGUUGGAUGAAGUUCAGCAGCAAAUGGCAGCCACACACAGAGUGGAGAUAGAGCAAGUUCAGCUCCAAUCACAAACACUGCACAACCUUGAACUGGAAGCUUUACGCCUAAGUUUAAAUAAUUUGCACACUUCUCAGCUUGAGCUUACACAGUCUAACUUGAGAAAAGAAAAGGAAACUGCCCUUGUGGAACUGCGGGAGAUGCUCAAUGAUAAGCGUGCUCAAGAGAUAGCAAUUCUGCAGAGUCGCCAUCAGCUGGAGUGGGAGAAGCUUAAAGAGCAGUGUCUGAAGGAAAAAGAAGACCUUCAGUCAAAGUAUCACCAAGAGCUAGUUGAUCAGAGAAAGAAAAUAGAAUUGGAAAUGGAAGAGACACAUACCCAGGCACUAGAGACUCUCAAAAGAGACUGGGAGUUGGAGUCUGAUAUGCAUUUAAAAAAUGUUUGUGAAAAGCUGUGUGAAAAACAUCAGAUUGAAAUGGUGGAACUGCAGAAAAGUCUGGAAUUGGAAUUAGAAAAAGUCAGAACAGAGAUGGAGCUUCUUUCUCUUGAGAACCAACAGUCUAAAAGUAAGUGCCAUGAACUGGAGAAGGAACACCAGUUAGCCAUUACAAAAUUACAAGAACAGCUGGAAACUGAACAUAACCAACUCCUAGAAGAUCUGAAGAUGAAAAGCCAGGAAAAAGAGCAGAAUCUUCAGAAAGAGCUGGAGAAUCUUCAGGUCAUACACAAAGAGCUCAAGACUCAGUCACAAGAAGAAAUCAGGCAGCUUUGGUCUCAGCUUGACAGUACCCGAGCAAAUCGACAAGAGCUAAGUGAUGAUGAAACCAGAGUGCAAGGCCAUGGUCGAGAGCUAAAAGAGCAGCUCCUGGCUCGUGCAUCACAGGUGGAAGAAAUAGAGCGUUUAAAACAAGACUUUGAACAGCAGCAUCAGCAAAGACAAAGUGAGCAUGAAACUGAAUUAGAACAACUGAGACUUUAUUUUGAAAAUAAAUUAAGAGUUGCUGAAGAAAACUACAGAGAAGAAUUAACUUUGCUCCAUCAGAGACUGCAAGAACUGAAGGAAUAUUCCCUAUCAGAGUUGGAAACAGGGGACAUCAGUUGUUCUGUUGCAGUUUUUGAAGAUACUGAUGAGAAAGAGAGCAGGGAUAGGCUUGGUCAGCUAAAUCAACAGCUGGAACAACAUCAGGAAGAACUUGCCAGUUUGCAGACAAAAAUAAAGGAACAACACAGGCAUGAAUUAGAUUCCUUAAGAUCUUCCCUUGCACUUCAAUAUAAGGAGGACCUGAUGAAAAUGAAGAUGGAUCUGUCAGACAAAUAUAUAACAGAAAUUGAGGAAAUGAAAAGAAAGCAUUGUUUGGAACUUGAGCAGCUACGUGCCCGUCUUUCAGAAGAACAUGUAAAAGAAAUCACCAGACUGCGCCUACAGAGUGCUCACGAUGCAGCAUGUCAAGUUGAAAUGGAGGUGGCUGAGCGAGUGUCUGCGCUGGAGGAAGAGCACAAAGCUAAGCUCUCUCUCCUUCACUCUGAGAAGCAGCAUAUUGCAGAGCUUUCAGAAGAAAUAAAGUACUUAAAGGAUGAGAUUGCUAAACAAAGAGAUCUUGCUGUACAGAAUGAAAAGCAUCUGAAAGAGGAAAUGGAAAAGGUAAAAUAUGAAGUUGCUGAGGAUCACAAGAAUAAAUUAAAGGAAGCCAAAGAAGAAGUCCAGAAAAUAGAGACUAUAUACAAAGAGAAAGAGAAGAAAUGGAAAUGUGAAAGUGAGGACCAGAGAAUCCAAGCAGAAGAGAAGUUAUCAUUGUUGCGCAUAGAACUGCAAAACAGAGCAGAACAUGAGAAGCAGAAUUUACAAAAGGAGUUUGAACUUCGAGAAGCUGAAAUGAACCAACUUCAAGAUCACCAAGCUGCCAAAAUUCUAGAACUGGAAAAGCUGGUGAAAGAGCAGCAAAACAACUUGCAGCAGCUAGAAGACAGCCUUGCAAGUGCCCAGGCUAUGCAGAAAUCUCAGGAGCAAUAUGACGCUGACUUGCAGGCAGCCAAAGUGCUUAUGGCAAAGGAAAUGGAAAAAGCUACCCUUGGUCUGCAGGAAGAAUGUGCAUUAAAAGUUAUGGAAGCACAAAACAAGUUUAUGGAGGAACACAAAGCUAUGACUCAGAAAUUCACAAGUGAGCAAGAGAUUCUUCUCCAAGAGCUGAAAAAGAAACAUCUUGAUGAGCUGGAACUCCAAAGUCAGCAGUUGCAGGAGAAACAUAAGCAGCAAGUUUUAUCUCUUACAGCUGAGCUUCAGAUAAAACACCAAGCUGAAAUUGAGAAACUUAAAUCUACACUGGAAAGUAAACAGCAGAUUCAGCUUGAAGCUUGUGUUGCUGAACUACAGACAAAGCAUCAGGCGCAAAUUGAUGAGCUGGAGGCUAAACACUUAUCAAAUCUGGAUUCCUUGGAGGCAUCCUACCUGUCUGAAAUUCAGAACAUAAGAGAUGAACAUAGUCAGGCUCUUGAGAAGCUACAGCUGCAGCACACAGAACAGCUCUAUGAAAAGGAUAAACUGCAUCAAGCACGCUUGGUUCAGGAGAUAGAGAUGUUGAAGUUAAAGCAUGCCGAAGAGCUUCAGCUUUCCCAAAAUGAUUUGAAGAUUGAGAUAGCUGCUGUUCAUAUGGAAAAACUUAAAGCCAUGGCUGUUGAAGCAGAGGAAGCUCGUAAGGAUGAUUUAAACACAGCUCUUCAAAAUCAAAGGAAGCUGCUGGAAGAAGAAAAACGUCUGGCCCUGGAUAUAUUACGUGAGGAAGUAUUGCAUAUGGAAGAAAGGCAUCGAAAAGCACUCCAAGAACUUCAGGAUCUUAAUGAGGCGGAAAUGAAGAAAUGUAAGGAAGAAUUCUCCAGGGAGCUGGAAGAAGAAUUGGGGAAGCUAAAAGCACAGCAUGAACGUGAGAAAGAGAUGUGUGCUUCUGCAUCGGCCUCUGAAGUAGAAGGUGUGCGAACAGCUCUUCUGGCUGACUUUGAGGAGCUAAAAUUGAAGCAGCAGCUUCAGUUCCAGGAAGAGAUUGAGCUACUGAAGUGUCAGUCAGAGGUACUGCUUGAACAGCAGAUUGCACAGUUGAAGGAUGAAUUUGAAGUUGAGAAAAAGGCAUCAUUACAUAACACGGAGCAGAUGUUGACUCAGGAGAGGGAGAAGGCUCAGGCUGCUCACAAAAAGGAGCAGGAGAUGUUAACAGCCCAGUUGCAGGAAAAAGCAGCAAUAAUUAUCCAGCUGGAGAAGAAAGUGGAGUCAUUAAACCAUGAAAUAGAGGAGACAAACUCUGAACUAAAGACACUCCUUCAGCUACAGGGCAGAGAAAACCAAGAAGGAAAUCUGGUAGCUGUGUUGAGAUCUGAUAUUGAGCAGUCCAAGGAUGAAAGGAAAAAGCUGCAAGAAUCUUAUCAGAAUGUUUUGAAAUUGCUUAUGGAGCUGAUGAAGGCCACAGUAUCUGUUGAGGACCUUAUCUGUAGCAAGAUUGGUCUUUGUCUUGAUGACAGUCUGACUUCUGGAGAUUCUACAGAAAUUUCCACUAUUAUGGAAGAAAUGAGAUUCAUUCAGAUUUUCAAAGCCAAAGAAAAAUAUCACCUAGAAAAAGUUUCUUUGUUUUCAGUAGAUGAGCUGCUUGAUGAAAGUCUCACAGAAUGCAGCCAACUGUCUCCAGUGACUGAUGAGGGGUCUGAGUUGAGCCAACACUUCUGUGAAAGUGUUUUUACAAAGCCAGAACUGGCCUGUGAAAGUGAAGAAGUGAUACUGAAAAUCUGUCAGCGUUUGCGGACUGCAGUGGAGAGACUUCUGGAACUGGUUACAGAAUCAACUAAACAAUUGGAGAAAAUGCAUGAAAACCACGCACAAUUUGAAGAAGAAUUCAGCCGCCGAAAUCAGGAAACUGCCCAAGUGGUUAGUCAGCACCAGGAAUUAAUGAAGUGCCUCAGCAAGGAAUGUGAGGCCAAGAAUCAACUGGAACUAGAGCUUCAUAAAGCAGAGGGCAUUAUUGAAGGCUACGUUACAGAAAAAGCUGCAUUAGAAGAGGCCUUGAAUCUGAAAGAGGAAUCUGAACGUCGCCUGGUUGUGGAGCUGGAGGACAUGCGUGAACGCUUCCAGGAGCUAACCCAGGAGCAAGCAAUUCUCGGUCUACUCAAGGAAGUAGAAUCUUUAGCGAAGGAGAAGUUAGAGCUUCAAUGUCAGGCAGAAAAGGACCAUUCCAACUUACGCUCUCAGAUGAAAGUUUUGGAGGUAGAACUGGAAGAACAGCUGCACAGUAAUCAGGACCUGGCUACACAGUUGUUGGAGGUUGCUGAAUUAAAACAGCAAAUUCAAGUUCUUGAAAAACAACUUAAAAACCAGCGUCAAUUCAUGGAUGAGCAGGCUAUAGAAAGGGAACAUGAACGUGAUGAUUUUCAGCAGGAAAUUCAGAAACUGGAAGAACAGUUAAAACUUUCAUCAAAAUCACAGAUUUCAGGAGAGCCCAGAGAGUAUACGAACUAUGAAUUGAUUCUGCAGGUAGAAUAUUUGCAAGCAGAAAUAAAAGAGAAGACAGAUGAUUACAAUAAGGUGUUACUAGAGAAGGAGCAAAAACACCAAGAAGUUACAGCUCGUGAUAAAGAGAUAGAAAAACUGCUGGCACAGAUACGAGAACUGGAGCGCAGCAGUACUGAAGUCUCAAAGACUGUACAGCACUUGGAACAACAACUGGAAAAAAUGAAGAAAAUGAAAACUGAAUUAAAACAAGAUAAAGAGGCAUUGCAACAACAACAAUACAAUAACUUAAUUCAGAUCUCUGCCCUUCAGUCUAAAUUGGAUGAAGCACGGCACAAAGUACCAGAAGACAGUGGGUCUGCGCCAGUGCUGAAGGAGCAAUUACAGGCAGAGCAGGAAGCACUUCAGACUAAGGAGAGACAGAUUGAGAGCUUGUUACAUCAACUAGAACAAUGCAAAGAUGAUUUGAUUAGUAAAGACAAGGAGAUAUUGCAGCUGAACUUAGAGUUAGAGAUGCAAAAAAAUCUUAGCACUUCCAGCAUCAGCCAGCUUCAGUUAGAGAAUGCACACUUGAAGGAGGAUCUAACAAAACUUUCUGUGAAGCAAAAUCAGGACCUGGGUAUGAGUGAUUCAUCAGCUCUGUCACUCCCUCAAGCACUACUUAAAGAAAAGAAUCAAGAAAUUGAUCAUUUGAAUGAACAGAUGAAGAGGCUCCAGCAUGAGUUAGAGACUACUCUGGAGAAUAAAGUAGUGGAAGACCAAAAAUCUGAAAUUGAAGAACUCAGAUCACUUGUUGAGCACCUUCGUGGUGACCAGGAAAGGCUGCGCAAAGACAAAGAUGAAGAGGUAGAGCAACUCCAUGGAGUAAUUGAGAAGCUUCAAAAAGAGCUGGCACAAUUUGGACCAGUAUGUCACGAAGUCAGUGACAACCAAGAAGAUCUCUAUCAAUUUGCAUUGGGAAAGCCAGUGGAAAACCUUCAGAAUGAGUUGAGGGAGGAACUUGCAGGUUGUCAGGGCGAUACUGAUCCAAACAGAAGAAAUGCAUUGCUGCUUUCCAAAGUGAGAGAACUUCAGGAGGAAGUAGAGAUUGUCUCAAGUGCUAGAGAAGCUCUGCAGCAGCAACUGGAAGAGAAAGAAUCACAGUUCAAAAUGGAUGUGGAAAUUUUGAAGAAAAAAUGCCAAAAAUUGCGAGAGUCAUCAGAGCAGUCUCUUGCAGAGCUAACCUCUUUGAGAAUACAGUACAAUGCACUCCAGGAGGAGUACAGCCUUUUCCAAACACGUUUCUCUCAGAGAGAGGUUGAAGCAAGGCUGACUUCUUCUCAAAUUCAAGAACUUGAAGAUACUGUGAGAGAAAGAGAAGCACGUAUUCUAGAGAAAGAUAUGCAAAUGAAGACAAUGGCAGAUCAAAGAGAAGCUGAUACAGCCAAGUUGCAGUAUUUAACAGAAAAGACAGCAGAGCUCCAAAGCAAGUUGGAAAAGAGAGAUGCAAGUCAGGCUCAAGAUGUUUGUAGUCUUCAGUUAGAAGUUUCUCGACUUGAUUCCCAGGUUCAAGCACUGAAACAGAAAAAAGUAGCUUAUGAGAGAGAAAUCAAUGAACUGCAAGGUAGCGCUGUGAAACUGAAAGAUCACAUUGAGGCAUAUGUGAAAGAGCUUGAAGCCUUACGAUUGGAAAGAGGUAAACUUACCUCCCAACUGGAGCUGUACAAGCCAAAGGAGCGAUGUGAUUAUGGAGACAACCACCUUUUCAAGCCCUUCAACCAGAGAGAAAGAAAACACGAAGUCCUUCAGAAAGGAAUGGAGAAAUUGGAAGAACUGGAAGCAAAUGCUGAUCAGUCAUUUAGAGCACCAUCUUCCCCUACUGAAAAAAGGGAAAAAGAUGAAAUUAUGUUUGACUUGACUCACAAUAUAAAUCCAAAAACUCAGGUUAAGAAAUCACAAGAAAAUAUCUUGCCUCAGAAAUUAGACAUGAUCGACAACUCUGAAGAGGAGCAAGAUUUGAAAAAGCAUUGCCAGCAAAUAUUGGAAAUUCCUCAGAUUUCUGAAUCUUCAAAAGACAAUUUAAAAACAGAGAAAGACACUUCAGAAGACUUCCAGAAUUUCGUUGCAAAUAUGGCUUCAUGGGGCUCACCUGAGAUUGUGAGAAAGCAAGAUCUAAGUGUGGAACUACAACCAGUGCUUCACCUGACACCCUUUUCAGAAGUUGAAAGUACAGAUCUUGAAAUGAUGCACACCAGGUCAUCUGGGCAAGAAGACAAUUCUGUAUUCCUGGGAUAUUCUAACUUGUAUGAAAAUGGCAGUGAGGAAGCAGCAGUGGUAGCAGAUAGAAAAUCCCCAACUUUCUCUGAAAGCACCUACUCUGUUGAUGAUGACCAAGAUAUGGAGAAGAUUUUGCAGAUGAGAGAAGCUGAUAAUCUGACUUUGACCCCUUCUGAUUUACAAGAUGAUGCAAGAUCAAGAGCAUCUGCUGUAGAUGUGAUGAGUGAUGGAUACAGCAGCAAUACCAGCUCAAAUUUGGCAGCUAAACUAAAGAAAGAGCUACAAACAUCAGACCACUUAGACACUAGUUUCAUGGCUUAUCUGCAGUACUGUGGAAUGUUUCCAGAUAUUGUGGAAUCAAUGAGAGAAAAGGAAAUACUUUCACCGCAGCUGAAGACUGUGCUGACGAUGGUGUAUGAGGAAAGCCGCAAAAUACUGGCUUUAUCAGAACGUCCCUUUGGUUUUAGGGAGCUGAAAAACGUUCAUCAGACCAGAGCUGUGAUGGAGGGAUGGCAGAAGGAGGGCUUAGCAUUGCUGGAUGCUAUACAGUCAUUGAAAGACUACCUUAGCAAGGUGGCAGAUAGAGCAGACAAGGAAUUUUCAGGUACUGUAGCUGACUGGAGAGGAGAACUUCUGCAAGCAGUACAGAGAGUGUUUGAGAAGGAGAGAAAUAUGUUGCAAAUUGACUUGAAGUCUCACUUCUCCUGUCAUGGGUCUGGUGAUGACAGUUCAUUAGUGGAAAAACUGGAGUAUGUCAUAAAACAACAAGAGGAACACAGGCAGAUGGUUGUAGAGCACCUUUUCUCCUCAGACCGGAAUAGCUUGCUCUCUGAAAUACAGGACCUCCGAGCUCAGCUACGCAUGACACAUCUGCAGAACCAAGAGAAGCUACAGCAAUUACAGGAAACCCUUACCAAUGUGGAAGAUCAUGGCAGCAAGCAAGAACACCACCUUAGGAGGAAAGUUGAAUUAUUAGAAUAUAAGCUUCAGCAGGAAAAAUCUAUCAUAAGUGACCUACAAAGCACUAUGUCUGAGAAGCAGAAGAGAGCUUCUGAAACAUGUGAUCUCCUGAAUAAAGAAAAAGCAUCCCUGAAAUCAGAGCUUUAUGAGAGUAAGCAAGAGAAUGAAAGGCUGCAGAAAUCCCUAGAAGAGUUUCAGAGGGAAAUAAACCAGUUACGGUCUGAAUUGGAAAAAAAAGAAAAGGAUUUGACAGCUGCACUUGAAGACUUGCGGAGGGAACAACUGAAGGAAACAGAGCUACGAGGUUUGCUUGAAGAACAACAGCUUCAGCAUAAGAAAGCAGAAGAUGAAAAGACAAAAGCCUUGGAGGAGCUCCAGGCUGCCUUAGAGUUGCAGCUGGUGCAGAACAGCCAGCUGGCUGUGUCCCUAGAGCAUGAGCAAACGGUCAAUGACAAUCUCCGCAAGGAAGUCCAGAUCGAGCACUCGCGCUGUGAGGCAUUGCUGUCCCAAGAACAGACCAAACUGUUGGAGCUACAGAAAGAUUUGGAUGCUGAGAAAAAUCAUUCUUUGGAACUUCUGAAUUCCUUGAAUCAUGAACGUGUUUUGACAGAACAGUUGAGCAUGAGAGUGAAAGAAGGUGCUUCUUAUCAGCACAGGGAAUCACUGCUGGAACAGGCUUUUGUUCGAGAGCUGCAAGCCCAGCUGGAAGAAGAGAGGUCUCGAACUAUGGAGCUAGCUGCUGUUAUUGAGAAAAUGAACCAGAAGGCCAUUUAUUCCAAAAGGCAGCUAGAGGCUGAAGUACAGAUGUGCUGUGAAGAAACCCAGAAGGAGAGAGAGAUCAGUGACAAAUUGCGUGCUACGCUGGAAUCUCUUCAGGGUCAAAAGCAAGAGGUAAUCUGUUCCUUAGAAGCCCAAAAGGAAAGAGAGAUGAAGCUGAAUGCUGACUUGGAACAACUGCAGUCCCUCUUCAAGAUGAUGAAAGAACAAGAUAAAAACAAGAAAGAGGAGAGAGAGAGAGCGCAAAGACAGCAGCAACAAACAGAGCUAGAGAAACAGAAGGACUGGCAGAGAGAUCGGGAGAGACUGCAAAACUUGGAACAGCAACAUCAGAGGGAUGAGCAGAGAAUUAAAGAGUUGCAGGAAAUACUGGCAAUGUUAGAAGAAAGAGAAAGAAAUCUUCCAUCUCCAAACCAUCAGCAGGAAUCGUUGUGUACCUUCAACAAAGAUCAAAAUGCCAAAGAGACCACAACAAAAGAAACAGAAAAAUCACAUUUGCAACAGCAACAGCUAGAGAAGAUAAGGCAGAAGCUGCUUUUUGUAGCCGUGCGCCUGCAUGAGUUCAUGUAUAAAACUCUAGACAAAACAGUUAAUGAGUGGUCUGCAUCAAAUGAUGAAGCUGUAGCCUCUUUACUGCAGACAGUGAAGGAACUAAAAUCAGAUCUAUUGGCUCCUUCUGCAUCUUGGGUCAGGUCUACAGGUGAUACUGACUCUGUUCAAGAACUGGAAAGAGAAGCUUGGCAGCAAGAGAGAAACAUUUUGCAAAAUGCACUGAAACAGGCUGAAUCCCAACUGGCUAAAGCUACUGCUGAGAUUGAGAACAAACCAGUGGUGGAAAAUUCCAGUCCCAAGUUGCAGAGAUUAUACAGGAAGUACCUUAGAGCAGAGAGCUUUAGAAAGGCUCUAGUGUAUCAGAAGAAAUAUCUCUUGCUGCUGCUUGGUGGAUUUCAGGACUGUGAGCAAGCAACCCUCUCUCUAAUAUCACGUAUGGGAAUCUAUCCCUCACCUGCAGACCUGCAGCCUUCUGGAUCACAUUCCCGUCCUUUUACCAAAUUCAGAUGUGCAGUCAGGGCAAUCAUAGCAGUAUCAAGGUUAAAGUUUUUGGUGAAGAAGUGGAACAGAGUGAGCAGGAAGAGCACACAGGGCGAAAACAUUUCUUACAGCUUAGGAGGUAAUACAGCUUCUGGUGCUAGAGCAGAAAUUCUGAAAGAGCAGCAGCCCCUAGCUGUUCACAUCAGCUCUCCCCCAACCCGGGACACUGGGCUGUGCCACAGAACCAGCUCUGCAAGAUUUAUGAGCCACUCCCCCAGAUCCUCUUCCUGCUUAAACAACAGAUUGCAUCCAUCCACAAGUUCAGCUUCAGGAAAGUCACUUGUGUCUACUCAGGAUCCUGAACAAUCGCUAACGGAAUAUAUCCAUCGCUUAGAGGUUAUCCAGCAAAGACUGGGGGGUGUGCAGCUAGGACAAGUUCCAGGCCCACCUCGCCAGAGAAGCAUGAAAAAGUGA